CUUCAGAGUUCAAAGUCUCGCGACACAAUCCCACAAAGCUUGCCAUCACCCAGUCUCUGGAAUGGUAAUUCCAUUGAAGGAAAGUCGAAGAUAGUGAGUUUCAAAUUUUCUGAAGCGAAACUGCGAAAGCUUAACAAUCUCACAGAGCCUUCACUCAAUGGAGAUUGGCUCUUCCCCCUCAACCUUCUGCUUUCAACCAGCACUCCAACCACUGAUUAAAACUGGUACUAGUGUUUCUACUUGCUGCUGGAGGAACAGAAGAGUUCUCGUACAGAGCUUGCCAGUCUCUUACCGGAAGUUCGUUGACUUCGCUUUGGAAGAAACCAGACACCACACUCAUUUGGUUCCUUCGCCUUUACAGGAAAAAUUCAAUUCUAUCAAUUCUAAGGAUGGCAAAGGAGUGCUUCAUAUGCUGUCCUUUCAAGCUGCCAAGAUUAGGCUUCUGCGAAGUUUGAGCAUUGAAACUGAAACAAUGCAGGUUCUGGAUUUUGCUGUCUUUCCAAAAGUAGAAUAUGAUGUGCCCAUAUUUUGUGCUAACUUUUUCACCAGUGGCAGAUCAAACAUAAUUGUGUUGGACCUUAACCCACUGCAUGAUAUUAUCAAUCAGCAGGAUUACAAGGAAAAGUACUUUAAACGCUUAAUUCCCCUUGGCCUCAAUAUUCCGAGGUAA